AUACAAACAAGUUUUAGGUGUAUAAAUAUGGUAAUAGGCUCUAUAAAGAGUGGCCUAGUUUGUCCUACAAAUGUGCUAAAUUUUGUUUUUCUUGUAUUGGCUGGUAUGCAAGAUUUUGAUCAAGUAGAGAAAGGGGUGUAUAGGCACACUAGGCGUGCAUCUGCUGGACUGCACAUACUCGAAAUGAUUUGAAAUGAUUUUGUUUUAAGAUGCUAAGCUGCCACAUCUAGGUGUGACUAGACUUAUGCCUGAACAACAAGUGUGUUAACUGGGUUAGCAAAAUGUCAAACCCCAAAGUUUUCUUUGAUAUUUUGAUUGGAAAAGCAAAAGCUGGCCGAGUUGUAAUGGAGCUAUUUGCUGAUGUUGUACCAAAAACUGCUGAAAAUUUCCGUGCCCUCUGUACUGGGGAGAAAGGUGUUGGACAGUGUGGGAAGCCGUUGCACUAUAAAGGCUCAGCAUUUCACCGAAUCAUCCCGAGCUUCAUGUGUCAAGGCGGAGAUUUCACAAGGGGGAAUGGCACGGGUGGAGAAUCUAUCUAUGGCAUGAAAUUUGCGGAUGAAAACUUCAAGCUCAAACACACUGGACCUGGUUGUCUAUCAAUGGCAAAUGCUGGACCAAACACCAACGGUUCUCAGUUCUUUAUAUGCACUGAGAAGACCCCAUGGCUGGAUGGAAAACAUGUUGUCUUUGGUAAAGUAGUGGAUGGUUAUAGCGUUGUGAAGGAAAUGGAAAAAGUAGGCUCAGAAAGCGGGAGGACUUUGCAACCUGUUGUGGUUGAAGACUGUGGUCAGGUGGAAGAGAAUUGAUGUAGAUGCAGGGAAUGCUUAAGUACCUUGUUUUUCUUUCACUUGAGCACUGCUCUAGAAUUAUAUCUAGUUAAUAGAAGAACAUAAUCUGUUUUGUUUUGAGUCUGCUUUGCUGAUUGGCUAUAAUAAUCUCUUUAAUGUGCACAAAAUACUAUUGAUUGAAGUCAUGCAUGAGGCAACACAAGGAAAAUAAAAUUUGUAUCUAAGAAUAAUUGAAGAUAUUGAUAUUGAUAUUUAUAUUUAUAUUCAA